AUGGGCAAGUCGGAUUUUCUGAGCCCCAAGGCCAUCGCGAAUAGAAUUAAGUCCAAAGGACUCCAGAAGCUUCGCUGGUACUGCCAGAUGUGCCAGAAACAAUGCCGUGACGAGGAGAAGGCAUCAGACAGAAGAGGCCAUCAGAUCCUGUUAUGGAUGGUUGUGAGCCACCAUGUGGUUGCUGGGAAUUGAACUCAGGACCUCUGCAAGAGCUACAAUGGCUUUAAGUGCCAUUGUAUGUCUGAAUCUCAUCAAAGACAACUGUUGCUGGCUUCAGAAAACCCUCAGCAGUUCAUGGAUUAUUUUUCAGAGGAAUUCCGAAAUGACUUUCUGGAACUUUUGAGGAGACGCUUUGGCACUAAGAGAGUCCACAACAACAUUGUCUACAAUGAAUACAUCAGCCAUCGAGAGCAUAUCCAUAUGAACGCCACUCAGUGGGAAACGCUGACCGACUUUACCAAGUGGCUGGGCAGAGAGGGGUUGUGUAAAGUGGACGAGACACCAAAAGGUUGGUACAUUCAGUACAUAGAUAGAGACCCCGAAACCAUUCGCCGGCAACUGGAGUUAGAAAAAAAGAAGAAGCAGGAUCUUGACGAUGAGGAAAAGACUGCCAAGUUCAUUGAGGAGCAGGUGAGAAGAGGUCUGGAAGGAAAAGAGCAGGAGACACCUGUUUUUACAGAAUUGAGCCGAGAAAAUGAUGAAGAAAAAGUUACAUUCAAUCUGAAUAAAGGAGCAGGUAGCUCAGCGGGAGCAACAUCGUCCAAGUCAAGCUCUUUGGGACCAAAUGCACUGAAGACGCUGGGAAGUGCAGCCUCCGUGAGGCGGAAAGAGUCUUCCCAGAGCUCAGCUCAGCCCGCAAAGAAGAAAAAGAAGUCCGCACUGGACGAAAUCAUGGAGCUGGAAGAGGAAAAGAAAAGAACUGCUCGAACAGACGCCUGGCUACAGCCUGGAAUCGUUGUGAAAAUUAUAACCAAGAAACUCGGAGAGAAAUACCACAAGAAGAAGGGUGUCAUUAAGGAAGUGAUUGACAGAUACACAGCUGUGGUAAAGAUGAUUGACUCUGGAGACAGGCUGAAACUGGACCAGACUCAUCUGGAGACUGUCAUUCCAGCACCAGGGAAAAGAAUUCUAGUUUUGAACGGUGGCUACAGAGGGAAUGAAGGCACCCUGGAAUCCAUCAAUGAAAAGACCUUUUCAGCCACCAUAGUCAUUGAAACUGGACCUUUGAAAGGACGCAGAGUGGAAGGGAUUCAGUAUGAAGACAUAUCUAAACUUGCUUGAGCUUGGAAAUUGGUUAACAAUACAUUGAAAUCGUAAAGCAUCAAAUUGAUGUUAGUCAAGGUACUGUGUAACUCUACUGUGUUAGGGGAUUUGUUUUGUAUAAAAGGUGGAUCUAUUUAAAUACUGCUGGAUAGUUUGAGUAAAUUUAUAAUGAAAUCUAAUGUUUUUUAAGUGUCAAAACUGUCAUUUUAGCUUUGUUCCUUUUUCCUUCAUAAGCCCCCCAUUGUAGUGGGUAGCUGUUCCAGCUUUGACCUGGAAGAACUACCCCCACUGAGGCUUUGGUAACUGUUACGCCUACAAGGCAGGGCCGAGACAGGAGCCCUUAAGACCUGAGAUCCGGAUGUGCCGGCUCUCUUGGUUCCUGGAUCCUGGAUGCUGGAGGUAGACAGAGCAGAGUUCUCCAGAGAACACCGCUGGACUGCGCUACACCUUUCCUGGACCCUGUAACCUAUCCCUUUACUUGUAAGUUACCCCACAAAAAAAACCUCCCUUUUAACUAUGUAGAGUUGCCUUAAUACCUCCACCAAUACCCCAUGAUGGUUUUUUGCCAUCAUUAAAGAAUACCAUAGUAAAGUGUUUCAUGUAAGACAAUUUGAAAAAAAAUAGCAAAUUCUUUUAUCACAUUAGUGUCUGUGUGUUUCUAAUCAGGCAAGCUUGACCUUCAUUCUUAUGACUCAUUAGAGUCACUUAUCUCUUGCUAAAAAAGACCAGUGAAAGAUGUCACUUUAUUUUAUUAUUAGAGUCUGUCGAGGUGGCUCAGCAGUAAAGAGUACUGACUUUUCUUCCAGAAAACACACUUUACAUUCCCAGCACCCACAUGGUGGCUCAUAACCAUUUGUAACUCCAGUCCCAGAUCCUGUGCCCUCUUACGGCCAGUGCAUGACAUGCUGAACAGAUGUCCAUGCCUGACAAACACCCAUACACAUAAAGAAAUCCUUCCGUCGCUUUUGUGUCCAACCUUUGGUUCCUCUGGACCAUAUUGGGGAAAGAACUGCCUUGGAACAUUCAAGGGUGCCUGACUGGUGGCCCAUAGGCUGUGAGAACAUAGGUUCUUUUAUUUUCUAUGACAAUUUAGUCAUGAUGUUGUCCUUUACAAAGUUCAUGCUUGAGAACCAGGCACUCAAGCUACAAUUUAUACACACACACACACACACACACACACACACACACACACACACACACACACGUAUAUUUAAUAAGAUACUGCUUAAUUCUAUUAAUUUAGGGUUUUUUUCAUGUAUGUUUUUAAAGAACUAUGUGGUGUAUGUGUAAGUAUUUGUGUGUGUACCACAUAUGUCAGGACUCUGCACAGGUCAGAAGAGGGCAUUGGAUCUGGAAUUGGAGUUACAGAUGAAUGUGAGCUGCCAUGUGGGUACUGAGAACUGAACCUGGACCCGCGCUGCAAAAGCAGAAAAUGCUCUUCACUGCUCGUACCAACUCUCCAGACCUUUGCAUUUCCAGUCUAUACCCUAAAGAACACUGAAUUAGUUUAUAGUCAUUUUAAAACAGUCUUUAAAACUUUGAAAAAAAAAAAAAAACUUGUUACUCAGGUAUAAUCUCAGCUUAGACUUGUUUUUCCUCAGUUAAGUUUUCCCAUUCAUUAAGAUAAAAUUCACAUUUAAUUGUAUUGGUUUAAUGGUAGCUGUGUGAUUGAUACAUGGGCCAAGCUUGUGAACACAGGCCACAUGAGACCAAAAGCUAGCUAAUAUGUCUCGCAAAUAGCAGGUCAAUAUUAGUCAGCUGAGAUCUCAGUUGUUCAUACUGUGUAUAACUAAAUAUCAAGUUGUGGUUGUUCCCGGGACCCUCUAAAGAAUGAACAGGCUUACCUAGGGAGAAAGCUGCUCUUUGCCAACUGUCCCCACUAAGUCGUUGGUCUUGUUUGAAAUUCAAGGUUGGUUGUUCAUUUAAAAUGGAAAAUAAAUCAACAUAUCUGGUCUCAA